ACGGGAAGAGAUGGGAGUAGACAGAUGGAGAUGGGUGGAGACAGUAGGAGACAGUAGGGUUAGGGUGGAGACAGGUGGACACAGGAGGAGAUGGGUGGAGACAGAUGGAGACAGGUGGAAACAGGAGAAGACAGAUGGAGACGGGAGGAGACAGAUGGAGACAGGUGGAAACAGGAGAAGACACAUGGAGAAAGGACGAGAUGGGCACAUGUACUCACAGUCUGUCUCUGUCUCCUGUUCUCAGGGGACAUGUACACAGCGGAGGGGACAGAGGACGAGCCGGAGUGGGUGGCAUCGGAGCGUCAGCAGUUUUCCGAAUUCAGAGACAAAAACAAAGAUGGAAAAAUGGACAAAGAGGAAACUCUGGACUGGAUCCUGCCGACGGACUACGACCACGCUGAGGCCGAGGCACGCCACCUGCUGCACGAAUCUGACGCCGACCAGGAUGGAAAACUCACCAAAAUUGAAAUCCUGGACAAAUACGAUGUGUUUGUGGGCAGUCAGGUGACAGACUUUGGCGAGGCGCUACUACGACACGACGAGUUCUAGAGACGGAGACAACUCUCAGAUAUUUUACAGUUUUUGAAGAAUAAGUUAUUUUCUAUACCUGUGUGUGUGUGUGUGUGUGUGUUUGUUUACACACAGUUUGGGAUUUGUCUAGAUUUCAAAGGUCAGUUUGAUCUUUUGAUACAUUUUAUUCGCUCUGUUUCUGUAUUUCGGGACUUCAUUUUCCGUCCACGUUGGGUUUUUUUCUGCUCCUCAUGCUCCUACUGAUUCACUGCUUUUAUUUUGAAGGUUCACUUCUGCAGACUUUAACUCUCUGCCGUCGCACAGUUUCUCUAAAAAUCUGGAAUUCAUCUCCAGAGGAGGAGGAUGAAACUGUCAGCCAGUUCAGUUCAGGUUCUGUUCUGUUCAGGUUCUGUUCAGGUUCAGUUCAGGUUCUGUUCAGGUUCUGUUCAGGUUCAGUUGUGGUUCCUGUCCUUAACUUUGGACCGGAACAUAAAUAUGUAGUGAAGCUAAAACAUUUGCAGCUUCUGUUUGGAUAAUUUUCAGUGAGUGGGCAGAGUUUUCAUCAGGAAAUGUGGUCCGUGUUUGUUUUUUUUGGAUAAAAACAAAAAUCUGUAACAACAGAACAAACUCACAGGUGUGAUUGGCCGUCUGGCUCCUGUUGUUUAUCGCCCUCUGCUGACGAUGUGUCUUUUUUUUUAACCCUUUACAGUCUUCACCAAGAAAAAGCAAUGGGAAAAAAUGUAUUUGUAUUUCUCUGUAUUUGGGUCUUCAGCAACAAAUCAGUGUUUAUUUUUUUUAACAAACAUAUUAGUUUUUUAAAUGUGGACUUCGACCCGACGGGUGAGAUGGUAGUAAAACAGAAAGAAAAUUAAUUUACAGUUACAAUGCUGUAAUCUGUUAGUGUUUCAACGUAUUUCACAUUCUGAGCGUAUUAGCACCACAAAUAUUAAUUUCAUGUAAUUAUUCCAGAUAUUAAUAAGUCCAACACAUACUGGACUAACAUGAAAUAUAAAUAGUAUUAACUACAGUGAAUAUUCAUCCUUUUGAUUUCGUUUGAAAAAAUGUAAAUUUACUACCUUAGCAUCAGUACCUUUACCAUAAAAUGAUAUUUAAACUAUUUAGUAAAACCUGACUUUAAACCGUUAAAUCAGAGUUUCACCAUUAAGUUUAUAAAAGGGAUUAAAUUAAAUGUCACAUUUAACAACAAUGAAGGAUCUGAAGGUUUUUUAAUUUAAUAACGUUAUCUUAACGGCUU